AUGUCUGAAGUCGGAUGCGCCCAGGCUUCGACGCCGCACAAGGCUAGGGCGCAAUAUGGAGGAGGGCAGCGUGGGGGCAGUGGCAUCUCAGACGAGCCCGAGGACAGGCGUGUGGGUGCGGGUGGACUGGAUGUUGCGGACGCGGUGACUUCGACUACAUCAUCGUCACCGCGACAUGUGCGCUUUCCGCCCGAGUACUCAGACCACGGAUCCGCCAGCUCGUCGGCGAUACACUCACUGACGUCCGCCAGCACGCUGAGCACGCUGGAGAGCAAGCUGGAUCUGUCACCGACGGACUCGGCGGCUCGCAAAGGCCUGUUGCGGGAGACGGUGUUCAACGAAUGGAAGAAUGAUGCGACAGACCUGGAGGCAGAGGACCCAGAGGAAAUGCAAAAGAAGGACCCGCUUGGUACACAGAUAUGGAAGCUGUAUCAUAAGCAGAAGGGACAAUUGCCAAACUCUGAGCGCUUGGAGAACCUCUCGUGGAGAAUGAUGUCGAUGAAUCUGCGGCGCAAGGAGCUGGAGCGGCAAGGCCUUGCUGCGCGCCAGCGAGGGCAGAAUGCACCCAGCGGCAUUGCUCAGCUCCGCAAAUCGUCCGAACAGACCAACGUGGCCAACGAGGAGCACAUGAAUCUGGACGACUUCAUUGUGCCUUCUUCCAUGGGUACGCCGGCAGGCAUGUCACCCGCACCAUCCUCUGGCCAGGUUGACGAGGAUGUCACAUCUCGAAGGUCUGGCGCCUCAGCCAUCCCAAUAAAGCAGCAGCAGCGGAUCCAGGCGGAAGAGCUGCAGUUGUCGCGUGCUUCGGCGCCUUCGAUCGCAGCCGUCGAGCAGUCUAGAGGCAGCCAUGAGUUUGACUAUGUGCCAAGGCAUGUGCGCAAGACGAGUAUCGACGAGCGAGCGAACCGAAAACGCCCAGCAGAAGCAUCGCCGCAGGUAGCAGCUGUGGGCAACAAUCAUCCCACGAUCCAGAAUCCUACCGACGAUUUUGCGCUGCAAAACUAUUCGCUAGAUGCAUCCUCACGUUCGGCACCCUUUGCGCCCCACCCUCAGCAUGCUUCCAUGCCAUUCAACCUGGACACCUUCAAUCUCGACAACGACCCGAUCAUGAACUCAGCCGGGCCUAUGCAGCAGAACUUCUCGUUCUCGCCGGUAGGCUCGCCAAUCUUCAACAGCAACUCCUACCAACAGCUGUAUAACCCGCAGACGACGAUGGCGCCACCCCAAAGCGCCAGCAGCUAUCAAUCUCCACAGAACUCCGGCUUUCCCUCCACUGUCUCUACACCGCAGCCCAUGCAGGACGAGCACAACAUGUUCUUCAACUCUCAGCAGCCCACCACCUUCGGCUCUCUACCGAACUUUCCACGACAUCAGCAGCAAUCUUUGCCGAACCAAGGACAGCAACAAUUCGUCUUCAACCCGAAUGGCGAGCAAAUGUUCCGUCCUAUACAAUCCAGUGGCCCAUCCCACUCCUUCAAUCAACCGUCUUUCCACGCACCGGACAUCCUUGACCCAACCCAAGUAAUGCCAAUGGACUAUCAGCACGCUAGCAGUAUGCCUGCUGCGCGCCAUGAGAGCAUGUUCACUUUUGGUGCCGAUGAUGACGAGGAUGAGGAUGAAUCACUACAAUUCCAUGAUCAAAGCAUGAUGAUGCAGAGCUACUCCUCCAUGGACGAGCCGAGCAUGGACAUGCACACGGGGUAUCAGUGGGAGAACCCGCUGUCGAACGCAUUCAAUCCCAAUGCAGCGAGAUACCCAGCUGGGCCUCCUCGGAAAGGUGUGACCAUUGGCGCAACCGAGACAAUCCCUUCGUACCAGAGCUGGGAUCAGGGAGGACUGAAUCGCAGCAUGGGCUCUGCGGCUUCAGUGUCGGACAUGCGCAACCGUGGCGGCGAUCCAAGGACGCGCAAGAUCCCUCGUGCGACUUCUACGCCCAAUACAGCCGGAAUGGCGACUGGCAUGUUCUCCAUUCGGACACAGUCGUCACCAUCUUCUCCGCCUGAGUCUGGCCUCUCUUCUGCAGCCCCGUCUCGUCCGGGAAGUCCUCGGCUAGGCGAUAACAACAACGGUGUACCAACAACUUGCACCAACUGCUUUACGCAGACCACGCCGCUUUGGCGCCGCAACCCCGAAGGCCAUCCUUUGUGCAACGCCUGCGGUCUCUUCCUGAAGCUCCACGGAGUUGUACGGCCGUUGAGCUUGAAGACAGACGUGAUCAAGAAGCGCAAUAGAGGUAGUGGCAACACCGCCCCGAUCGGGACCACACGAUCGAAGAAGGCUGCAAGCCGCAAGAACUCGGUCGCAAGCGCAGCAAACACGGCCUCGAGUUCGGCCAAGGCAUCGAACAACGAGUCAGAGUCUCCAAACUCCAAUACUGGUUCUGGAGGGACAGGCACUGCCGCGACCACGCCAACGAGCACUGGGUACGGAGAGAAGCCGUCCAAGCCCGUCGUAGCUAUCGCUCCUGGCCCACCGAAGCCUGCCACUCAAGCUCCAUCCAUCGCGCCGACACGCACCGCAGGCCCGAGAAAGUCAAGAAGGCACAGCAGAGCGAGCAAUGCCAUGGGCGGGGACAUUGAAAUGGCAGACGCUGAAGAGCUGAGCAAGAACAAGAACUCGACCACACCUCGAGCACAGCAGCAACCACAGGUCGUGCCUACGCCGAACUCCCAACCCAACACCGUUUCCAUGCAGGCCCCUAUGGGUCCGCAGGGCGGUGGUCUGGACUUCAACAACAUGACCCCGCAACCGACGCUCCCGCACGGCGUCUCGCCAGAUGUGGCAGCGGGACCGCAGGAGUGGGAGUGGUUGACGAUGAGCUUGUGA